ACCAUCCUGAACAGCUGUGCCACAACGUCACUGCAUACUUACCAGGGUCAGGUUCUUAGAGUCUUUGGGCACCACUUCAGCUCCAGUGCACCACCUUGCUGGCAGUGACUCGAGUGAGAAUGUAUUAAUCCACUGAUGCUGCAAAGAUGGUUCGUUACUUCACAACGGCUGGCACCUGACUGGACCUGUUCCCGGCAAUCAGUAAUCUAAAAGAAACAAAUUGUCGUGGAUCUGUUGCCGUAAGCUGGCAAGGAUAGCAACGUCAACCAUAAGCGAAAUUAUAGACUAUAGUAUUUGAACAAACACAUACGGUCAAACGGUAUAUCAAUAUGACUAUUAUCAAAUACUUUGAUACGCCGCAUAUUAUUCGUUUUGGUAUGACCAACCACGACCCUGGAAAGAGCGAAAUGCAACUUUGGAGAAACGGCGUCAAAUUCAUCAUCGAGAUUGAUCAAGCCAAUGUCAAAGGAACCGACUUUGAGCGGCAGUGGCUUCCCCUCCUCGACCCGGAGCCGCUUUUCCUACACGCCCAGCGCUGGAAUGAGCUCUGCGGCCUGGUAAUUUCUCAGUGCAUGGAUACCUUGCAAGAGCUGGCCCCGAACAAACCAUACUGGACCAACCUCUACGAGUAUUUCCAUGUUGCAUCAUACGUUUUGCGGCUGCAUGGUGCUCCAGAAUCAAAAGCGACUUCCCCGCAGGUGGUCGUCGUCCGAGAGCCAGGCUCCCCCACGAUUACAUGUGCCUACGAGAUGCAGCCCGCCGCGUGGUGCACAUUUGCCGUGCCAGACGACCUUCCCGUUUUUGACUCUCGGGCAGUCAUUCCUGUGGAUCAUGAGCAUAAUUUCAAAAGGCCUCCCCACAAGGUCCGCCUGCCUGACGGAAAACUGGCGUUUUUUCUCGCGUGUACGGUUACGUGGCAGCAGCGGCACCAGGAUGGAUCAUCAUCCGAGUCCAUGAACGAGUCUCACCAGUCGAUUGCGUCUUAUCUCCGCCUACACGGCCUAAAGAUUCCACGUAAUGGGUCUUAUGCACGCAUUCCCAAGGUGCUUGGGGUGGUCUCUGAUAGUAGUGACCCCCAGCAUGCCAUCACAAACAUGCAAGGCGGGGAACGAGAAAGACAAAUGGCAGGAAUUCUUCUCGAAUGGAUUGACGGGUUCCGUUUGAUUAACUUGGCAAGCCAAAACUCUAUCUGCCAUAUCGAUGAGUCCAAUCAUGCAGAGUGGAGUGAGCAGCUGAAUGCAAUCAUACGGGAACUGCACCGUCGUGGAGUUUCUUCUCUCGGAGUUGAUAUCAGCCCAUUCGAUGUCAUCAUUGACCGGGAUGGUGGCCAUGCAUGGCUGACUGGAUUUGUCGAUGUUAAAUUCUCCUCGGACGACCAUGACGACAACCGCAGUGCAGCAGAUGUCGAUGAGUUGGAGCGGAAGCAAAUGCAGCUUGUAUUUGAUCGCUGGCUGAGUGAAGAAACAGGAGUGUCUCGAUCAUCUGAAGAUCCAGAAGAAUUUAGAAAAGGCGCGGUGUCCAGAUGGUUUGCCAUAUCAGAUGAUGGCUUGCUUUGAGAUGUAGCUACAGAGGCAUUAUUCUUUAUUUACCUUGUUCAUCUUCUUUAUACGGUGGUAGAUUGUUAAGCCAGGCCAGGGCCAUGGCACCAUGUAGUGACAUGUGUUAAACUAGAUUAUCCUGGAACUCCAUGUCACACCCACACACAUAUCACUCCUUUUUUCUGUACACAGUGUACAGCGCACCAUGCCUGGUG